AUGUCUCGCUUUAACGUUGUCUUUCUAUUAGCAGCCUUGCUAUCUGUACAAAGUGCUUUAGCUCACUUUCAAGUAACGUAUCCCGGCUCUCGUGGUUUCGAUGAGAACAAAGAGCCUACCGCACCCUGCGGCGGCUUUGACACUGUGAGUGCAGCACGUGCAGAAGUCCCUUUGAAAGAUGCCUUUAUCGAAAUCAAUUCAGGCCAUACCUCUUACUCUUAUGUUGUGAAUGUUCUUGUAAACAAUAAUCCCUCCACGGCCGACUUUGCCAAUACCAGUCAAGCAGUCGCCGUCGCCAAUGGCUCUCGCAAUUAUCCUCAAGCUGCUUGUCUAUCACUUGAUCUAAACAAGAACUCUGCCAUUAAGGCUGGCACGAACGGUACCAUUCAAAUUAUCUAUAAUGGUGGUGACGGCGAGCUAUACCAGUGCGCCGACGUUACCUUCGUAGACAAUCCAAAGAACUGGAACAAUAGCAUGUGUACCAAUGCUGACGGUUCUGCAAGCUCUUCCUCUCCCUCUUCAAGUGGUUCUUCUCCUUCUGCUAGUGCAACUGCACAAUCGGAUGCCAUGCCUUCUGUCCACUUUGGCAGCUUUUUCCUCUUUACUACCGCUCUAUUGGUAGCUUUUGUCAUUGUUUAA